CUCUUCUCUCUCUUUCGCGCUGGGAGAGUAGAUCGCCCGCUGCGAAGGCAACGUUGCUCUCCGCCGCCCCAGAUCUCGUCCCCAGCCCGACGCCUCUGCCGCAGCCGUUGCCGCCUUCUACGUGCCUCAUGGGCGCCGCCCAAUCCUCCUCCCAACCCCGUCUGGAGGCAUCCGACGACGAUGACAACGACGAAGAGGAAGAGGAGGAGGAGGAGGAGGAGGAGGAGGGGGUUGUGCUCUCCAGGAACCCUAUCCCAUCAAAGGAGAAAGUCCUCGAGCAAGAACCUGAGAUCCUCCCUUGCCUCGCCGCCGCCUCCCCUCUCUCUCCACAGCCCUCGGCCGCCGGUACCCCCCGCCUGCUCGGCCCUUCCAUCAAGGUAUGGGACCCCUGCAACGUCCUUCUCCUCCCGCCGCCGCCGCCUCUGGCGCUUUUCGCCCGCGGUGCCGCCUCCGCGACGGCGGAUCGGGUCACCGAGGUGCUUCUGAUAGCCCACGGCGAGUGCGCCGCCAGCGUCCGCCCGGAUCUGGUCGGUGGUCGGUGGGCAGCGGUAGCGGGGCUGACCCCGAACGGGGAGCGGCAGGCCAGGGCGCUGGCCGUCUUCCUUAAGUCGCAGGGCGUGAGAUUUGAUGAAGUCUACAGCUCGCCGUUGGAUCGGGCGAGAGCCACUGCGGCCUUUGUUUGCCGGGAGCUUGGUUUUGCUGAGGAGCAGAUCCGAUUGUCUGAUGCAUUGUUUGAGAUAAGUCAAGGCCAGUGGGAGGGUUGUCUUCGGUCAGAAGUUUACUCCCCUGAAAUGGUUAAUUUGAUUGACAGAACACAGCCUGAUUUUUGUGCUCCUUCAGGAGAAUCACUCAGGCAGGUGGUAUUUCGGAUGGUUGAAUUUCUCAACAGGACAGUCCUAAGAUUGCCUGAAAAGCUGGCAGUGACAGAUACAUCAAUCCAUCAAAAUGAGUCAAAGGCACUCUCACGUAACAGCUCAUCCAAUUCAGUUCAGGACCGAGACGGGCCACACUGGGAUCUGCUGUACAGGCUCAAUCGACCAUCUCUUCAGAGGAAGAAAUCUGGUAAGAGCAGACUUCAGUUUGUCACCACUGGAGACAAUGAGACCGACGAGGAGUUCUCCCCCAGAGAAGUCACUCCAGGAAACCUCCUUCCUGAUGGUAGUAGAAACCCUAUUUUUUCCAUCGGGAUCUUCACUCACGCAAUUCCGAUUAAAUGCCUUCUCACUGGCCUGCUGGAUUGCAGUCCUGCGAUGUCUCAUAAAAUAUCCAUCGAUGAUUCUUCCAUGACAGCCCUGCAUCAUUCGCUAAGAACCGGAUGGCAGAUAAAGAGGCUCAAUGAUACAGCACAUCUCAGGCUUCUUUAAACUAUGAUAAAGGAUGAUAUACCAGGACAUUUAUCUGCCUUUCUGGCUGUAUUCUUGCUAAGUUACGCUUUGUGUUGCGAAUGAAGAUGUUUCACGACUUUUGGUCAUGCGAGAUGACCUCACUGAUGUUUAGUGCUGGAAAUUGUUCCAAAUUGAGAUGAAAGCCGGAGAUCAUUAAGAUUCGAAAGCAAAACUGUGCUGCACAGGAAGUAAGCUUGUUUGUAUUUACUUUGUCCAUCACCUGCUAUAAGUGCCCAGGAUUGGAGGACAGAAUGUCCUGGGAUUAUCUGUCAUCGUCCCAUUUUUGCAUUGUAACUUAUGAAUCCUUUGUUUAGUCAAUCAAUUUGAGGUGCAAUUUGCCGGUUGUUUGUA